AUGACAUCCCAACCACGGUACCGCCUCGGGGUCGACGUGGGAGGCACCAACACCGACGCCGUGCUGAUCUCCCUCGAUCCCAUCGCCAUCGUCUCCUCCCAUAAAUCCCCGACCACGCCCGACAUCACCUCCGGCAUCACCGCCGCCAUCCGCGCCGUCCUCGCCACCGCUGAUGUCUCUCACGUUCUCUCCGCCAUCGAAUGCGUCAUCAUCGGCACCACCCACUUCGUCAACGCCGUCGUGCAGCGCUCUCCGUCCCUGCGCCGCGUCGCCGUCGUGCGUCUCUGCGGCGGUCCCCACGAGGGCUUCGGCCGCGCCAUCCCCCCCUUCGUCGAUUUUCCCGCCGACCUGCGCGCCCGCAUCGCCCCCCCGCGCCCGUAUCUCUGCCACGGCGGGUUCCAGAUCUCCGGCGAGGAGAUCAGUCCGCUGGACGAGACGGAGCUGGAGACCGUCGGGCGGGCCAUCGUGGCGGACGGGGUGUUGGACGUCGUCGUCGCGGGCAUGUACGCGCCCCUGGACCCUGCCCAGGAGGUGCGCGCUGGAGAGAUCCUGCUGCGAUCCAUGACGAAGGCCUGCCCCGGCGCGACGCCCCGUAUCACGCUCUCCCACCAGGUCUCCGGACUGGGGUUCCUGGCCAGGGAGAACGCUGCCAUCCUCAACGCCACGCUCCGUCCACUGGCCGAGCGCACAAUCUGCAGCUUCCAGCGGGCCAUGCGCGCGAUCUUCCCCGAGGCGCUCGUCACGCUGUUUCUCACCCAGAAUGACGGCAGUGUGCUGGCCGCCAACGAGGCCGUCGACCUGCCCAUCCGCACGUUCAACUCGGGGCCAACCAACUCCAUCCGCGGCGGGGCGUUCCUCUGGCGGACGGCAGCAGAAGAAGAAGAAGAAGAAGAAGAAGAAGAAGAAGAAGAAGAAGGGAGCGGACCGACGCGGCACCCGCGCAGGGCGGAGCCCCUGGUGGUCAUCGACAUCGGGGGCACCACCUCCGACAGCGGGCUGCUGCUGCCCAACGGACUGCCCCAGAUGAGCUCCGUCAUGAGUCUCGUCGGCGGCGUGCGCACCAACUUCGCCCUGCCCGCGGUCGAGAGCAUCGGGCUGGGGGGAGGCAGUCUCGUCCGGGGCACGGAGGAGGAGGAGACAUGCUCGGUCGGUCCCGACAGUGUCGCGCACGAGCUGCUGGUCCGGGCCCGUCUCUUCGGGGGCGACUGUCUCACGGCCACGGAUAUCGUCGCGGCGGCAUGGCAGAGACACCGUCCCUCGGGGCCCAAUCCGCUGCACGGGCUGGGGGACCCGGCCCAUCUGGCCGAUAUCACGCCGCGGAUGGCCACCCGCGCCCAGAAUGCCAUGCGACGGAUGAUCGAGGAUCUCGUCGACCGCACCAAGGUCUCCCGGGAGGACGUCGAUGUGCUGCUCGUCGGCGGCGGCGCGCCCAUCGUCCGCACCGACGAGCCUCUCCGCGGCGUCCGGCAGGUGCAGACGGUGGCCGGGGGUGAGGUCGCCAAUGCGGUUGGAGCGGCCAUCUCGCGCGUCUCGGGCGUCGUCGACACGGUCGUGGACACCUCCCACGGCACCCUCAGGGACGCCCAGGACCGGGUCUCGCAGCGGGCCCUCGGCCAGGCCGUCGCCCACGGGGCCCGGCCCGACACGGUGCACGUCGCCGAGGUGACGCUGCUGCCCAUCCAGUACGUCGAGGAGGCCAAGGCGCGCCUCGUCGUGCGCGCCGUGGGCGAGCUGGACCUCGUGGCUGUUCCGGAUGGUGCCCUCGACAGGCGGCUCGAGGCUCCAGACCUCCAGGCCUACCGCCCCACCAUCCAGCACCGCCAGUGGAUCCUCACCCCGACCGACCUGGACUUCAUCGCCUGCGGCUGCAAGAUCCUCGGCUGCGGGGGCGGCGGCGACCCGUACCCGGAGCACCUGAGGGCGCUGGCCCUGCUGCGCAGCCAGCCCGGUGGGAUCACCGUCGUCUCGCCCGACUUCCUGCCCGACGACGCCCUGGUCGGCUGGACGGGCUGCAUGGGCAGCCCCGACGUGAGCCUGGAGCGACUCGAGAACGGCGAGUGCGGGCAGGCGCACGCCGAGCUGAUGCGGGUGACGGGGAGUGAUGCGGUGUCCGGCUUCAUGGCGGUGGAGAUCGGCGGGGGCAAUGGGAUGGUCAAUCUCGCGGUGGCCGCGCAGGGCGGCGUGCCCUGUCUCGACGCCGAUUUCAUGGGCCGCGCCUAUCCGACCCUCUGGCAGGUCACUCCCAACGUGUUUGGGUCGGCGCGCGGCGAGGCGCUGGUGCCCACCACCAUGGCCAGCGGCGAUGGGUCGUUCAUCACCAUGACGCGCGUGCGGACGGACCGGCUGGUGGAUCGGGGGCUGCGGGCCUCGUGCGUCGAGAUGGGCUGUCGCACGGGCGUCGCGGGGCCCCCGAAACGGGUGCAGCUGGUGCGCGAGCAGGCGAUCCUUCACUCGGUGUCCCUGGCCUGGUGGAUCGGGCGGGCCGUGAUGCUGGAGCGCACUCUCGCGGAUAGGGCACGGCGCAUCGUCGAGGCCGUCGGGGGGACGGCCAGUGCGGCCGUCCUGGGCGAGGGCAAGGUCGUGGCCGUGUCGCGGGUGCUGAAGACGGGCCACUCGUAUGGGGUGCUGGAGGUGGACGGUCGCCUGAGUGCCGGGACGACCCCCGCGACGAUCCGCGUGCCCUUCAAGAACGAGAAUGCCCUGGUGGAGGCGGUCGUUCGGGGAGAGCAGCAGGUGCAGGUGUUGGCGGCGGUGCCCGAUCUGAUUGUCGUGCUGGACGCGGAGACGGGGGCUGGCCUGGCCACCCCCGAGUAUAAAUACGGGCUGAAGGUGGUGAUCCUCGCCAUUGCUGCCUCUCCCCGGUGGACCGACUCGGCGAGGGGGAUGGAGCUGGGGGGGCCUUCAUCCAUGGGGUUUGAGGUCGAAUACGUGCCGGUGGGGCGAUACUGUCCCCCUCGCAGUGUCAUCGAGGCGUUUGCGGAGGGCUGAUCUAUUGAUCAGGAGGUGGGAACCGGGCAUUCAUGGUUGUGGUAUUAUUCAACCGGAUCUUUACAAUGGAUGUUUUUUUUUUUGUUUUUUUCUGGCCAUCUAUCAAGGGUAGUAGUUUUAUAUAUCCCACAGUCCCGACAUCCCCGGACAUUCCCCGCAAUCCCAU